UUGUUGAGUUUUUUGUUUUUUCUUUCUUGAGACAGCGUCUUGUGUCACCCAGGCAAGAGUGCAGUGGCAUGAUCAGGGCUCACUGCAGCCUUGACCUCUUAGGCUCAAGCGAUUCUCCUGCCUCAGCCACCUGUGUAGCUGGGACUACAGGUGCCCACCACCACGCCUGGCUAAUUGUGUGUGUGUGUGUGUACUUUAUGUAGAGAUAAGGUUUUGCUAUGUCCCCCAGGUUAGGAAUUACUUUUGUAAAUGUAAAAAUGUCUUUAUUUUCAGGGAUACAGCAAAAUACACAAUGGUAUAUUACUGAUGGAAGUGUUCCAGACAAAUUUUUCAUAAUACAGUCUGAUACUGUGUCAAAAGCCUUAAAAAUAUGCAGUUUAAAGCAACAUUUAUCUUGCAAAAAUAGUGUACAAUUAUACAUUCAAGUUUAUAAUUUUUCGGAAAUUAAAAGUUCAGAUUUCUCUGAAAUUAAAAGCUUAAUGUGAUCACAGCCAUAGCCCUAAAAUCUCAAAAUCGUCAAUCUGGAAAGGACAUUUGCAGUAAUCUAUUUCAACUGCCCUCUGCACCAUUUUAUACAUGUUAAUACAAACAAUAAGUUGAAGUGAGUUUGCCCAAGGUUACCUAUCAUCUCAAUGGUGAAGCAAGGGCAGGCCUUCAUGGUCUUCUGAGUUUGCUCUCCUGCUCUUUUCCAUCCUUUCCAGCUUCCUCAUUUCUAUUAAUAAUUUGAUCAUCAUGGACAAUGAGACUUGAAACUUCAUAAUUAUCUUCAAUAGUUUCUUUUUUCUCAUCCUUGAUACCUAUCAGUCCUCAGGUCUUUUUGACCAUUUCUCUAUUGUCUCUUGAAUCAUCCAGUCACAUCAGAUUGUACAACAGAAAAGUUACUCAAAUUCCAUUUCCACCAGCAAUGGUGGAAAACAGUGAACAGAAUAUGGUCAAGUCAGAACUUCUUCUUCACUGCACUCUGCCCACUGUGAACAUUUAACAUUUCAAAGAGUAAUUGCCAAAAAAAUGAAUUCACUACUUCAGUUCAAGCCAUCAGGUUUUUUCUGUUUUUUUUUUUUUUUUUUUAAGCCAGUCAAAUUUAGCAGUGGAGGGCUGUAUACCAACUUUAGUGACACUAAUGCUAAUAAAUUCUGAUAACCCACUACCAUCAGACCAGUUCAAGCCAUCAGUUCUUACUUGAAUUAUUACUGUAGCUUUCUAACUAGUCUUCCUACUUCCCAGUUCUGCACCCAGCUUCUAGAAAAGUCAUUACCAUCCUCAAAAACUUUCUGUAGCUCUCAGUUUCAUACAGAAUUAAGUUCCACUGCAUUAACUUGGCAUAAAAAAUAUUCAAUAUAUUAUUCUCAUCCUACAGUUAUCACUUUUGUACCUUCAUUUGUUCUGUGCUAUGGCUAAACUGAAUUUCUUUCUUUUCCUUGAACACAUCCUCAGAUUUUCCACUUAUCUAUGGCAGAAGAAAACCUUAUGCUGUUCUCUGUAUAUACAGCAUCCUUUAUGACUUGCAUCUCCUGUAGUUGUGAAUUCUCAUUAAUACUUCACUGUCUUUUUGCUUUCUCCCUAUGAUCAUAUGCUCUUUCAAAAACAGUUAUCCAGAAUUUUGGAUUGCUAUGGUCAUCAAAUGGAAGUAGCCAUAGCGGUUUGCAAUUUCUCAUUACGCCCCAACCUCCAGAAUGGGUUACACCUGAUUUCACAGUUAAGAGAGUAAUGGGUCCUUGGUUGUCUACUUAGCAGUAGUACAGCUUUCUGGAAAGGUAAGAAUGACUAGAUGACCUAGAGAAAAUUAGGAUUGCAAGAUAGGUGAGACAGUCCCCAUGUCUAAUAUUUAUUUUUCCUAAUCACCAUGACCUUUUCCCUUGACUUUUUUCCUAUUCCUGAUAUUUUCAAGGCUGACUCCUUGAAUGACUUCAUUCAAAUCAGCUUAAAAGUCACCUAAAAGAGGUCUUCUCUAACCACUUGACCUGAAAUAGCCACCCAGUGACUCCCUAUUCCAUUACAUGACGGAAAAAUGAAUGCUUUAUUUUCUUCAUCUCAAUCCCUUUUAGAAGUAAUCUCACUUUUUUACCUAUUUACUUAUUUAUUAUUUAUUGUUUUUCUCCUACUAGAAUUUAAGCACCAAGAGGAUAGAAAUUUUGUCAUAUUCAAUACAGUUUCCCUGGCAACUAGAAUCAAAUUUAGAAUUCUCAGAGACUAUGAGAGUUCACUAUCUGUUCGCUAGAAGAUAUACAAGACUUUUGAGGAUAAUACUUAAAUCAAGAUAGGCCAUAUGCUUUCCUAUGGCUCUGCUUAGCAACUUUUGCUAAAAGAAACACAAUAUAUGAUUGACUACUUUGAAGACACAUACAUUGGACGCUUAAAAUCAACAAAAGCAGAAAGGUCCCAAAUGUGGUAUCUUUUCACAAUGAUGUAUUUUAUCCGAAUUCUUCGAAUUACCCAUGGUGUCUUUCAAAAUCAAAGAUCUGCAAACCCUGAAGCAGAUAUGAAUAUUAGCCAGAUUAUUUCCUACUGGGGCUACCCUGAUGAAGAAUAUGAUAUUGUAACCGAAGAUGGUUAUAUCCUUGGCCUUUAUAGAAUUCCUUAUGGGAGGACAGACAAUAAUAAAAAUCUAGCUCAGAGGGUUGUUGUAUACUUGCAACAUGGUUUGCUUACAUCUGCCAGCAGCUGGAUUUCCAAUCUUCCCAACAAUAGUCUGGGCUUCAUUCUGGCAGAUGCUGGUUAUGAUGUGUGGAUGGGAAAUAGCAGAGGAAAUACCUGGUCCAGGAAACACUUGUACCUGGAAACGAAUUCCAAAGAAUUCUGGGCUUUCAGUUUUGACGAGAUGGCAAAAUAUGACCUUCCAGCCUCCAUUGAUUUCAUUGUGAAGCAAACCAGACAAGAGGAAAUAUUUUAUGUAGGCCAUUCACAGGGUACUACUAUUGGUUUCAUAACAUUUUCUACUAUACCAAAGAUAGCUGAAAGAAUCAAAAUAUUUUUUGCCUUAGCACCAGUUUUUUCCACAAAGUACUUAAAAAGUCCUUUAGUUAGAAUGACAUAUAAAUGGAAGUCAAUAGUCAAGGCUUUUUUUGGCAACAAAGACUUCUUGCCUAAAACCUCAUUUAAAAAAUUCUUUGGUUCAAAGCUGUGUCCACUACAGAUUUUUGAUAAGAUUUGCCUCAAUAUCUUGUUUAUGAUGUUUGGAUAUGACUCAAAAAACUUAAAUAUGAGUCGUUUGGAUGUGUAUUUUUCACACAACCCAGCAGGAACAUCUGUUCAAAAUAUGCUCCAUUGGAGUCAGCUUUUAAAUUCUACUCAUUUGAAAGCUUAUGACUGGGGCAGUCCUGAUCUGAACUUGGUUCAUUAUAAUCAGACGACAUCUCCAUUCUACAACGUGACAAACAUGAAUGUGGCAACUGCAAUUUGGAAUGGUGAAAGUGACUUGUUGGCUGACCCUGAAGACGUUAAAAUUUUACAUUCUGAAAUCACAAACCACAUUUACUAUAAAACUAUUUCUUACUACAAUCAUAUAGACUUUUUGUUUGGAUUAGAUGUCUAUGAUCAAGUUUACCAUGAAAUCAUUGACAUUAUCCAAGACAAUCUAUAAAGAACCAUGGCGCUGUGUGUUUAAAGAUCUAUAUCAUUCCUAAUGAAAUCCAAUUCUUAUUUUUUUAA